GAGGGAGGGGAGAGAGGAGAAAGCCGAGCGCGGACGUCAGGAACAAAAGCUCCAGCGGAGUCUGGCGGAGGCACUAGGGGAGCAUGGGGUGUUUUGAAUAAUUAUUAAAAUUAGCGUGUGUCUGCGCCAUCCUGUGGGUGUGGCGCAGAGCGGAGUGUAAACUCCAGCCGGGCCGGAGCAAACAUUGGAUUAGCGGCAGCAGCCUGCCAGCCUGCCGAGGAGUGCGGGGACCAGCGCGCGGCACGCCGACCGGCACGAUGGCCUCGUCUCAGGGGAAGAACGAGCUGAAAUUCGCCGACUGGAUGGCAACUCUGCCGGAGAGCAUCCACAGCAUCCCCCUCACCAAUUUAGCCAUCCCAGGAUCUCAUGAUUCCUUCAGCUUCUACAUCGAUGAAGCCUCACCCGUAGGGCCAGAACAGCCAGAAACCGUCCAGAAUUUUGUCUCUGUGUUUGGAACUGUAGCCAAAAAGCUGAUGCGGAAAUGGUUAGCCACUCAAACAAUGAACUUUACUGGUCAGCUAGGAGCUGGGAUCCGUUAUUUUGAUCUUCGAAUUUCCACCAAGCCCAGAGACCCUGACAACGAACUUUACUUUGCUCAUGGUCUGUUCAGUGCCAAAGUCAAUGAAGGCCUUGAGGAGAUUAAUGCAUUCCUCACAGAUCACCAUAAGGAGGUGGUAUUCUUGGACUUCAACCAUUUUUAUGGGAUGCAGAAAUAUCACCAUGAAAAACUGGUCCAAAUGCUGAAAGACAUCUAUGGAAACAAGAUGUGCCCAGCGAUUUUUGCCCAGGAAGUUAGUCUAAAGUACCUGUGGGAGAAAGACUAUCAAGUGCUGGUCUUCUACCACAGUCCAGUGGCUCUGGAAGUGCCCUUUCUCUGGCCUGGGCAGAUGAUGCCAGCACCCUGGGCCAACACCACAGACCCGGAAAAACUGAUCCAGUUUCUUCAGGCAUCCAUCACUGAGAGAAGAAAGAAGGGAUCGUUUUUUAUAUCUCAGGUGGUGCUGACCCCCAAAGCUAGCACUGUGGUCAAAGGAGUGGCCAGUGGCCUCAGAGAAACUAUCACAGAAAGAGCUCUUCCUGCCAUGAUGCAGUGGGUUCGCACUCAGAAGCCGGGAGAGAGUGGCAUCAAUAUUGUCACUGCUGAUUUUGUGGAACUUGGUGAUUUCAUCAGCACUGUCAUAAAGCUCAACUAUGUCUUUGAUGAGGGAGAAGCCAACACUUGAUAGUACCAUUUGGAGCAUCCACGAGUAAGACAGAGAAGACUCAUUGUAUUAGGCAUAUUAUCUAUAAACACUCUGAUCUUCCUAUUCCACUGGGUCUCUGAGGGGAUUAGACUGGUAGUGGGUGGGAAAAGGGGGAAACCAUUUCUUCAGUGAUUGUUAUCAUACUGCAUUACUAUAAAUAUUUCAUUUCCCAUUUGAUGAGCAAAAUCUGCUUCUAGUGUUAGGGAUAAAAAAAAGACCAGUGAAUUUUGUUUUUCAGAAUUAGUCUUUGCAACGUAUAACUCAUGAGUGUUUACGUGAUUGCAUUUCUGAUUUCAACCUAGGGCUCCUACACUGAUUCCUCUAACUGAACCUUUCCACUCCCUCUCUCGCUCACUCUUUUUAAUCAGAUGCCGUAUGGGACUCAAAACAAUUGAAUGCCCAACGUAAUGUGUAUUACAUUGUUGUACUGAAAUUUGUUUUUGUGAGACUUGGUAUAAUAUAAUAUCCUCUAGUCAUCUGCAAUUGGUCCAUCAUUGCUAACUUUUGGUCAUAGAAAAUAUGCAUCAAGUCAGUUUCCCUGCAUCAGUAAUAUUGGAGGACAUAAUCAGUAAUUUUUGUGUUAUAUGAAAAUAACAGUGUUUCACAGUAUUUCUAUUUAAGGCAGCUAUAAAUAUAGUGUAAAAACUUUUUUGGAAGAACAAUUAGUGCCAACUCUGUAGCGAAAGAUGGGGGAGGGGGGAAGAGAUGGAUGCCAUUUUAAUUCAGGAAUCUCUUAAAUAAUAUUGCCCAGCAAAUGCUCAGUAAAUGAAAAAUUAUGACAAAUGUGUUAAAAUCGGGCAACUCUGAAAACAACUCUUACAAAAAUCUCCCCUAACAAUUCUCUUGAU